GGCGCUAGCGCGGGCUGGCCGUUCGCUGCUGCACGGGGCCCACCAUGAGCUUCCUCAUCGAUUCCAGCAUCAUGGUCACCUCCCAGGUAGCGCGGUGUUACGCGGCGAGAGCCCGGCCACGGAGGGAGUGAGGGAGAAGGAGGCGAGGUGCUCUUCUUUGGAUUUGGAUGGCUGUUUUUCAUGCGCAAGCUCUUCAAGGAUUAUGAGGUGCGACAGUAUGUUGUCCAAGUCAUCUUCUCUGUGACUUUUGCCUUCUCUUGUACUAUGUUUGAACUCAUCAUCUUUGAGAUUUUGGGAGUGCUGAACAGCAGCUCUCGAUAUUUUCACUGGAAGCUGAACCUGUGUGUCAUUUUGCUCAUCCUAGUCUUCAUGGUCCCCUUCUACAUCGGUUACUUUGUUGUGAGCAAUAUCAGAUUAUUGCACAGACAGAAACUGCUUUUUGCAUGUGUUCUGUGGUUGACAUUUAUGUAUUUCUUUUGGAAGCUGGGAGAUCCAUUUCCCAUCCUCAGCCCAAAACAUGGAAUCCUGUCUAUAGAGCAGCUCAUCAGCCGUGUGGGUGUGAUUGGGGUGACACUCAUGGCUUUGCUGUCAGGAUUUGGUGCUGUCAACUGUCCGUAUACUUACAUGUCCUACUUUCUCAGGAAUGUGACAGAUGCAGAUAUUCUCGCUUUGGAGCGACGACUCCUCCAGACUAUGGACAUGAUUAUUAGCAAGAAAAAAAGAAUAGCAGUGGCUCACAGGACGAUGUUCCAGAGAGGGGAAGUGCACAACAAACCCACUGGCUUCUGGGGAAUGAUAAAAAGUGUUACGACGUCUGUUGCAGGCAGUGAAAGUUUGCCAGAUCUGUCUCUUAUCCAGCAAGAAGUGGAUGCCCUAGAAGAACUGAGCCGCCAGCUUUUUCUUGAAACUGCUGACCUGCAUGCAACAAAGGAAAGAAUAGAGUACUCCAAAACUUUCCAGGGAAAAUACUUCAAUUUUUUGGGUUACUUUUUCUCCAUCUAUUGUGUCUGGAAAAUCUUCAUGGCAACCAUCAAUAUUGUGUUUGACCGUGUGGGGAAGACGGAUCCAGUCACAAGAGGAAUUGAGAUCACUGUGAAUUAUUUGGGAAUCCAGUUUGAUGUGAAAUUCUGGUCUCAGCACAUUUCCUUUAUUCUUGUUGGAAUAAUUAUUGUCACCUCUAUCAGAGGCCUGUUAAUUACACUUACGAAGUUCUUUUAUGCCAUUUCCAGCAGCAAGUCCUCCAAUGUUAUUGUUCUGCUUCUAGCACAGAUCAUGGGUAUGUACUUUGUGUCGUCGGUGCUCCUGAUUCGAAUGAGCAUGCCUCUAGAGUACCGCACUAUUAUAACAGAAGUCCUGGGAGAGCUUCAGUUCAACUUCUAUCAUCGUUGGUUUGAUGUGAUAUUUCUAGUUAGUGCACUAUCCAGCAUCCUCUUUCUCUACUUAGCACAUAAGCAAGCUCCAGAAAAGCAUAUGGCCCUCUAAAUAAGGACUGCAGACACACACUGCUCCCAUCUCCUUUCUGCUGGACUGUUGCAACUCCUGUGGACUGCAAAACUUGGAGAGCCAGGACAGUUCUGUGUGUUCAAGCAAUGUCACUGGCUCUUUGAACUUCCAUGUCUUCAGUCAAGCUCUGUGGCUCGUUUUUUAAGGUGCUACAGCUUGAGGGAAAGGGAAUGCACACAUUGCCAAGGAAUAAAGGGAAUUUAUGGUACACCAGUAUCUAAGGGGCUGUAGGCUGUCUGAGGUAAGGUAUCUUGUGUUUGGAAGAAUGUCUUCAGAGAAGGCAUCAAGCAAAUGUGAUUUUUCUUUUAAAAAGCAACUCAUAAUUGAGAUUCAGAGAAUGGUAAUUUUGGAGCUGAAUGUGGAAGUCUGUGGAAUUAAAUAAGCUUUUGUAAUACCUCAUGCAAGCAUCACAGUUGUUUUUUUUGUCAGCUCAAAAUAUUUGUUUGCAAGUGAGCUGGAAUUUACUACCUGGCAGAAGUGAAAUGGAGUGAAGUUGAGAGGAUAUCACUAGUAUGUGCUGUCCUUUUGAGCUGGAGCUUAGCUCUCUUGCUGAACCUCAACUUUGUUUUGUAAACAGAACUGAGGUUUUGGAUUCCUGUUUGCCAGAGUUCAGCAUGAAGUCAAAGAUAACAGUUAUGCCUUGUUUACCUUACGUGUUAUAAAUGUAUUGACCUUAUAUGCUAUAAAUCUGGUGUUCCCCUCAACCUGUAUAUUCUUCUACAGUAGCCUGUUUCCCCUUUCUGAUGUCAUUCAAGGCAUAAAAGUAAAUUUUAUUCAUGUGACUUGAACUUGUAGCUUCCCAUAGACACACUCCCAGGCUUUGUUUGUUACAAAAUUGCUCUGGAACAUAAAUCAUAGGUGGUAAGGCUAGGACCUGGGGAAAAAAUAACCACUGAAAACAAUUUAAUUCUGUAUUGUCUUUGGUGUACAGGAAGGAGACAAAAAGCAUACAAUAGCAAUAUUGCAGAGCCAUUUAUAUAACAUCCAAGACAUUGUGGUGUUGACUUGGAAUUAGACAAACCGGCACGACUGAAUUACGCUUUUAACCACUAUGAUCUGCAAAUUCAGGCAGAGGAGAGAGAACAGUGCUUAAAGGUUUUAGGUUUUGAGUUAUGAAUUAUGAGGUUAACUUAAUGUUUGAAAGAAAUUUCUGCAGUGUUAGUGGAAGAAAGGAGUGUAUUGCACAGAGUAUAUUAAUUCAUGACAUACCAUAGCGAUUGCACUGCCAUAAAUACAGCACAGAUCGUCACCUCCAGGAUUGUGUUAAUGGGAUUGGAUUAGGAGAACUGUCUCUCCUGGGAGAUGGCGAGAAAUCAGUUGGUCUUUAUUAAACGCUCGUUCUUAAAAGGCUCAGAUACUUAGGAAUUUAUGAACUGUUUCCUCCCUGUGCUGCAGUAUACUUAACUGUGUACUUCUAAUUAUUAAAGCCUUUACAGUAGUAAGUGGCUUACUCCCCAUUUUACAAGACAGAAAGACUUGUGCAGUGAAUGAAGUACAAUUGCAGCUUGUUAAGGGACUGCAGGAUACGCUAAAGGGCUUAUUUCAGGCAGUGGCAUUUUAGCAAGGCAGCACGGUCCCUUACAGGUCUGGUACUCGUAUGGAUAGUCAAACUCUGAAGUUGCAGUAGCAAAGUGUGAUUGAAGAAAGAAUUUGGAAGAUUUCUUUUUUGUUCUCAGCAUAGUCAGUCUCCUCAGAGCCUUGUGUCAUCGCUGCUGUUGCUGUCUGCUCCUGCUGAGGCAGCUGAUUGUGAAGAGGAAGAUGAGCUUGCCUGUGGAGGAGUAACAAAUACGUUCUGGUUAUUUUUAGUUUGUAAACAUGCUGGUUUGCAGUGUUAUGAAGGACUCCUGUUUUAAUCUGCACUAAUGAUAUACUUGUUUGGAUGGCAUAAUGAGCCAGUAAAUGUGACUUUUGUCACUGAAGUGCUUUCUCGUUAGCUAUGUUUUAGAGACAAAUAUGUUUAAUAGAAGUUUCCUGUUGUUUAAUUCCUGUAUCUGGUGAACUUGCACACUGAAGUAGUGCUAAUCUUCUGACAGAACUUAUGGAAAAACCUGGCAGCUAGAUAUUUGCAGUCAAGGGUCAUGGAAAAAUAGGUAGGAAGAUAGGAGGCAGUAUUGGUCUUAUCCUUGUCUGUCUCUCUUGCGUGAUCAAAAGGAAGCAUUUCAGUACUUAAGGCUGACCACAAAGAAGGUUCAAAAUUACUGUUUCAAGAAGAAUUAUUUUGCUGCUCCUCUGAGUUCUGUCAUACUUCAGAUUCUUUUUGCCAGUAUAAUGUGAGCAAAAUUACUUAAAUCUGUGCAUUUCUUUGCAAAUGUCAUCAUAAUCUGUUGAUUGCUCUUUCUUCUAAAAAAAAAAAAAAAAAUCUAUUUUCAAAUAUUUCACCUAAUUUCUCCAAAAGCAGGUUAUGCUUUUUUGUGUAUUUAGGGACUUUUUUUGCACUUAAAGGACUGUAUUGCCUCCUUGAGGAUUGCAGUGUGUAGAUUGUCUUGUUCCAUAAAGUCUCUUGUGUGUGCAUUCUUUCUGUAAUUUAAUUGUGCAUUAGAGAUAUUCACCUGCAUUAUGCCUGGGGAAGGAAAGAGUUGUUUACAGUAAUCAUAUCACAGCUUCCCUCUUGAUAACUUGGACUGACUUGUAAAAAUUGAGGAUCCUAGCUCAGUUAUACACAGCAGUUAUAGGAAGUUCUUUCAGCAUCUCCUCCGUGAUCCCUUGGCAUUUGUUUAAUACGGUAAUACUUACCCUUUCUCUUGGUUCAGGCGAGGUUCUCUCUGACUCUGCUGCUGAGGUUUCUGUAUAAGCAGGAGGUUCAGAAGUGUCUUGGGCUGGAUCUGCCAUAGCGACUGUGAUGGGAAUGUUCUGGUCCUGGAAGUAUUUGUAAGCAUCUUUACUGCACACCAGUAGCGUUACUUUAUCACCACUCUCUUUGAUUCUUGCCACAACGUUGUCAUAAGGCUCAUUCAUCACAUUCACCCCAUUCACUUCCACCAAAACAUCAUUAUUUUCUACGCCUGCUACAUCAGCUGGUCCGUGUCUUUGUACCUGCAAAGGCAAGUUCAAAGGGUGACGUUAGCAUAAAGUUGAGAAGAUGCAUUAGCAACUGAUGGUUCACUAAGCUGUCAAAAUAAGUGCGGCAGGGAGAUUCUGGGGGCAGAACUGAAUUGAAAGAGACAAUAGGCCUAUAAUGGUGUAACUUAAACUUAACUUGACUACAUUGACAUAUUCGUUAGUGAUGUGUGAAACUCCUCCCUUCCAGAAAACAAAAGGCACAGAUGUAAUUUGUGAUAACAAGAUUCACUCUUGCCAGCUGCAGAAAUUCUGAUAAGUGGAAGGGAAAGUUCUCUUACAUUUCCAGGGUAUUCUAUAGUUCAAAAAUCUGUAUUUUAAAUACUAUUUUUUUUGCAUUCCAGCCUUGUAAAUAAAAGCAAGAAAUGAAACAAAACUUGGAUUUCCUUUCCUUUUAGAUAUCUAGUGGAAUAAAAGCAAUGAGGUUUUCUGGUGUUUAUUUUAAUAUUGGUCCUAUAAUAUCAGUCUGACUUUUAACAAUUAUCUAAGAGAGCUGGAGAAGAGUUUUGUCUUGUGCUUUUUCUUGAGUGCAUUUACAGGGUGGAAGGGAGAGGGCUGCCCAACAUACUACGCAAGCUUUUCAUUGUUGAUUAUCUUACAUUAGUACCUCAUUAAUAAAUAGUCCAGGUUUGUUCUUGACCAUGUUUAAAUUGAAGCCAAAUCCACUUGGCCCUUUUACCAUCUUGCAGAUUCUUGGCUUGUGGUUCACUUUAUGUUCAGUGUGCAGCUCAACUCUUUCCUCUGCUUUUGCUGGAGCUGGGUUUUGUUGUUUGUAGUAAUAUGAAUAGGGGGAAAUUUGAGCCUGAAAAAACAGUGACAAAGAAAACUUUGAUAUGAAACCUGUUGUGAAAUCUGUAGGUUUCUUGCUAAAUAUGUUUUGCUUGAAACCUAAUGGUUCAGAUACGAGUUGCAACAAGCUACUCUUUGCUGUUAAUGUCUGGUUAAGUGGAAAGCUACAAUGUUGAUCCACAUGAUAAGGUUUGUAUUGCUCACAAAAGAUUACACAAUAAUUUAAUUCUGAUUUUGUUGUCUUAUUCCAGCCUUGGGAUGCUUUCAAAUAUGGGUGGUUCCAACAGUGCCUCUAAAAACAUGGAAGAGGCCAAAAAUGUAGAUGUUUAGUGAUUUGGUACUCAAGUGCAAGGAGUGUUGCUGAAAUCUGGAUGCAUCUUAGACCCUUGCUGUAAGAUAAACUGCUCUUACAGACUGAUAUGUUGCUGCUUCUGUGUCUUAUUAAUGAUCUUUAGCUGUAGCUUGCAUUUACUUACCAGUUUAUACAUGGCGUCAGUCUCCUUAUCCACUACCAACAAUGUGGUUUUUUCUUCAGACUGCUUAAUCUUUCCCACUACACUUUCAUGAUCCAGUGCAUCCACUCGCUCACCAUUGACAGCUACCAGGAUAUCAUCAUCUUUGAGACCUGCCUUGGCUGCUGGGCUCUUGGGAUCAACAUCUCUGAUUACAUGAUCUAAGAUCAAAAGGGGAAAAGAAGAUGGAUGUGAAGGACUGUUUGGUAAGUGUAAUCAUGUUCUGCUGUAAAAGCUGUUGAAAUUGCACUUGAGUGUGAGGCAGUUUCCCUGAUACGGACUUGUUAAGAAGCCAGAUGAAGAGAAUGAGUCUGCAGACUGUAGGAGUAGUGGAAUAAACUAUCGCAAAUGUCA